GCCCAACUGACAUGGCAAAUUCUCCACACGGCGGCGUUCUCAAAGACCUCUUGGCCAGGGACGAGCACAUUCAGCAGGAGCUCCGAGACGAAGCGCCUCUCCUUCAUGACAUCGUGUUAACCGAGCGUCAACUCUGCGAUCUCGAACUGAUCAUCAAUGGCGGGUUCAGUCCCCUGGAGGGCUUCAUGAACGAGGCGGAUUAUACCAGUGUCGUCGAAUCGCUACGACUCGUCGAUGGCACCCUCUUUCCCAUGCCCAUCACAUUGGAUGUCUCGCGGGAAGACAUCGAUCGACUAUCAUUAAAGUCCGGAGCGCGAGUUGCUCUACGGGAUCCUCGGGACGAUGAAGCACUUGCCAUCAUCACCGUCGAGGACAUCUAUAUCCCUGACCGGGUCAAGGAAGCCGUUAACGUCAUGGGCGCGGACGACCCGGCACAUCCCUCGGUCGCCUAUCUGCGCAACAGAGUGAAAGAGUACUACAUCGGCGGCAAGCUCCAGGCCAUCCAAGCACCAACAUAUUUCGACUACGUCGCUCUCCGCUACACCCCCGCCGAGCUCCGUGCACACUUCAAAAAGCUCGCGUGGCGCAAGGUCGUCGCCUUCCAGACCCGCAACCCCAUGCACCGUGCGCACCGCGAGCUGACCGUCCGCGCCGCGCGCCAACGACAAGCCAACGUCCUCAUCCACCCCGUCGUCGGCAUGACAAAGCCCGGCGACGUCGACCACUACACCCGCGUGCGCGUCUACGAGGCCAUCAUGGCCAAGUACCCGAACGGCAUGGGCCACCUCGCGCUCCUCCCGCUCGCGAUGCGCAUGGCCGGCCCCCGCGAGGCCGUCUGGCACGCGAUCAUCCGCAAAAACUUCGGCGCGACGCACUUCAUCGUCGGGCGCGACCACGCCGGGCCCGGGAAGAACUCGCAGGGGAAGGACUUUUACGGCCCGUACGACGCGCAGGAGCUCGUCGCGACGUACCGCGACGAGCUGCACAUCGAGAUGGUGCCGUUCCAGAUGAUGACGUACCUGCCCUCGUCGGACGAGUACCAGCCGGUGGACGAGGUGCCGAAGGGCGUGCAGACCCUGGAUAUCUCUGGCACCGAGCUCCGUCGGCGCCUGAAAACGGGCGCGGCCAUUCCUGACUGGUUCAGCUACGACGCCGUCGUGAAGACUCUGCGAGAGAGCUAUCCGCCACGGCAACAGCAGGGCUUCGUGAUCUUCCUCACCGGUCUGUACAACUCGGGGAAGGACACGAUCGCCAAAGCCCUCCAGACCGUCUUCAACGAGCAAGGCGGCCGCAGCGUCUCCUUGCUGCUGGGCGACACCGUCCGCCACGAGCUGUCACCCGACCUGGGCUUCUCCCGGGAGGACCGGUACAAGCACAUCCAGCGCAUCUCGUUCGUCGCGGCCGAGCUCGCGCGCGCAGGCGCCGCGGUCAUCGCCGCGCCCAUCGCGCCGCAUCAAGAAGGGCGCGACGUCGCGCGCGACACGGUGCUGCACUCUGGCGGGCCGGGCGGGAACUUUUUCACGAUCCACGUCGCGACGCCGCUCGCGCACUGCGAGCGGACGGACCGGCGGGGCGUGUACGCCAAGGCGCGGGCGGGCGAGAUCAAGGGGUUCCCGGGCGUCGACGACGAGUUCGAGGCGCCGGUCAGGGCCGAUCUGACCGUCGACACGACGCAGCAGAAUAUCCCGGAGAUCGUUCACAGUAUCGUGCUGUUGCUGGAGACCAACGGCCUGCUGUAA